UGAGACAAGUUUUCUUGUUGCCCUUCUCUCUCAUCAAAGCUCAGUUGGUCCCGUGGUGUCCUGCCUGUAGUGAUGGGGAUGCAGCUGCGGCCGUGCGCCCUGGAUGCACGCGGACACUGCUCGUUUUUCUCUGACUGACUUUCGAUCCUCCCCAUCACAGUCGGUUUCAUUCAACGUCCUCGGAGGGACGCCCCGGACUGCCAUCUUCAUCCCAAUACGACAACUGCUAAGGACUCGUAGGUAAAAAUGACUACCAUGGAUCAGUGAACACUGUCCACACUGAGAUGAAGUUGACGGCCCUGGGCGCAGAUUAAACAAGGACACGGCUUAGGUAACUUUUCCACCACCGACCCGUCGUUUUUCUCAUACUUCACUUGCUGUGUGCACAGCCUGUCUGUAGCUGCUAAUGUCGGAGAGGAUGGCGCUGAGUGGGAACUGUAGGACUAACCCCCAGGCAUCAUCAGUUCAGAACAGUUUCCCAGAUGUGGUUGAAUUAAACGUAGGGGGUCAGGUUUAUUACACGCGUCAUUCAACUUUGGUGAACAACCCCAAUUCAUUCCUGGGUAAGCUCUUCUCCUCCUCCAAAAAGGAGCCAUCCAACGAUUUGGCCAGGGACCCCAAGGGUCGUUUUUUCAUCGACAGAGACGGCUUUCUAUUCCGGUAUGUGUUGGACUAUCUCCGAGACAAACAAGUCGUCCUCCCGGAUCACUUCCCAGAAAAGGGAAGGCUCAGGAAGGAGGCGGAGUACUUCCAGCUGCCCGACCUGGUGAAGCUGCUGACCCCAGAGGAGCUCAAACAAAGCCCGGACGACUACUUCCAUAGCGACUAUGAGGAUGGGUCUCAGAGCAGCGACCACCGCCAGUGCCCGCCGCCCUCCUUGGUCCCGGCGGACAGAAAGAGCGGCUUCAUCACGGUGGGUUACAGGGGCUCGUGCACCAUGGGCCGUGAGAGUCAGACUGACGCCAAGUUCAGGAGGGUACCGCGGAUACUUAUAUGCGGACGAGUGGCCCUGGCGAAGGAAGUUUUUGGGGAGACCCUGAACGAGAGCCGGGACCCGGACAGGACACCGGAACGAUACACGUCCCGGUUUUAUUUGAAGUUCAAACACCUGGAGAGAGCUUUUGACAUGCUGUCAGAGUGCGGCUUUCAGAUGGUUGCCUGCAACUCGUCAGUCACAGCAUCGUUUGUCAGCCAACAUACUGAGGACAAGAUCUGGUCCAGCUACACCGAAUAUGUCUUCUACCGUGGUCCGUCACGUUGGUCCUCCCCUCCAUGUGACUGCUGCUGCAAGAACCACAAAGGUGACGGCGAAGGCGAGAGUGGCACCUCCUUUAAUGAGCUCUCCACCUCCAGCUCUGAAAGCCAAUCAGAGGCCGGGUCUCCACAGGGAACGGUCAUCUGUGGACCAGUCAGCCGCCAGUCGCACCACACCAACGUCCAAACUCUGGACCGGCCCCUGAAAAAGGGCCCAGUUGCUAUGCUUCAGCAGUCAGAACACCGUCGCAAGAGCGACUUGAUGCGCACGCUAACGGCGAGCUCCCGUGACACGAGUAGCAGCGGCAAAAAACGACAGACGAAAGAGAAGAUGACAGUGGAGGAGGAGCUGGAAAAGUGCAUUCAAGACUUUCAGAAGAUCAAGAUCCCAGAGAGGUUCCCUGAGCGGAAGUACAUGUGGCAGGCCGACCUGUUGAGAAAGUACCGGCUUUGAGCCCGGGAACGGAGGAAACGGAGGAAAUACGAGGCCAAGGAUCAGUUUACAAUUUUCAAUUCUUAGUCUGUUAAAGAAAAAACAAACAAAACAACAUGAACCACAACAACAAGCCUGACUCCUGAACUGCUACUCUUUGUUAGGUUGGAAUAAGCUGUUGACAUGGGGAUGUGUGUGUACGUAGUAUGUAGGAUUAUUGUGUGUACCUUACCCCCUAAGGACUAAUCAAUGAGGACAAAGAGGUUAUUCAAGAACUGAUCAAACCGACUCAAACCGCCUUGGCGACUCACACGUCCAUGCUAGGACUCACACAGACACCGGCGUCACACGCGGUCCUUUAUCGCUGACGUUCCGAACCUGACCAAACAGCACAGGAGUUAUGGUUUCUCUCCACAAAGACAACUGGUGAUUUACUGUGUGAAAAUGAGUGUUUUAUGUGCUUGAAUGUAUUCACAACCAGGUGGCCUGGAGGUCACAGACAAAUACGCAUCUGAACCUAUUAAUAAUGCAUGCUGUCCCGAUAGUGCUCUCACUAUAAAUAAACUCAGAGCUCCUGGCUGCUGGGGGAGUGUAAACAUCUGGGUCAAUUACUUUUCUUUUUGGCAACAUGUGUGGACCUCUGAGCAGAAGAUGUACAAUUUUUCAUUUCAUUUUUUUUAUCAGCGCUUCAAUUAAUUUUCUUCUUGUAAUAUAAUGAUAUUGCACACACACCCCUCACUGAAUCAGACUGCCGUGCGUUGCAUUGAUUUCGCUGUGUCGGCUUGAUGUAGAGCAAUACCCUGGUUACUGUAGGGGAGGAAGAGUGAAGGGUUUGAUUUGAUAGCCAAACCACUGGGAAAUACUGAGGUUCAAUAAAGAAAAGUCCUGAUUCAACACAACCGCACGCACACUUUUCCCACUAUAUCAAACAUUGAGCUUAUUCCAUUACACAUGCACACACACAAAUACUCGAGACGAUCAUAUCAGAGGGGCCAGAGGUAAUCGUGCUCAAUAUUGGAUCGGCAGUAAAUACAGAGACAACAGGGGGCAACGUUGCUAGCUUUUUCGCUGUCCAGCUCGACUGAUGCGUCUUACGCCGACCAUGACACGCCGAUCGAUAGUUAUUGAUGACAGGGUGUGUUGAUAGAGCCAAUAACUCAGGCUCUUGUUUACAUUUAUUAAUGGAGCCCGAGGAGUGACGGACCAGGACAGGUUGUGUAUGCGCUGAAACCCAACUGAUGUUUUUGUAUUCAUUUGCAGUUAUUCACGCUCCGUCAGAGCCAGAAGAAAAGGUUGCGGCGUGGCAUCACAUACAAAACGCAGCACAGGGCAAUAAAACAGGGAGUUUGAUCUGCUACCAGACUGGCUGUCAGUGAUUUUAAGCACUUUUUAGAUUAUAUAUAUAUAUACGAUCAGAAGACUAUAACGCAGAGUUUAUUCCACGUUGCACGCUCGAAGGAUCGACGACGAUAAACAAAUUCGUGAUGACAAAAACUGAUAAUUGUUUAUUUUACAGCUAGUGUUACUGGAAUCGCAAUCUCUGUUUUAGGAGAGGAUUUGUGUGAAAUGACAGAACAUAGCAUAGCGGAUUAAAAAAGCUUCACAAUGCUUAAAUCAGAUUUUAAGGUGUGUGUGAUGUAAGCAAAUAGAAUGCAUGCUGAUGCAAGAGCUUGUGGUAAACAUUUUUUGUUUUGUUUUUGUUGUUUAGGUCUGUAUGGGAGGACGUAGCUGAAAUAGAUGCUUAAGUGUAAAUGUGUUCGUUAAUCACAGGUGCAAUAUAAGGUAUUAAUGAAUGGUGUGGUACAGUAGAUAGCAUUUAGCAAAAACAAAAAAAAAACAGUGGUGUAAAUCACUCGGUUAUGACUGUAACAGAGUGACAGUGUAUAGAUGAUAAUAUUCACCAUAGAUGGAAUCAAAUUGUGUCGACAUGUUAUUAAACCUAUAGUAAACAUAGCUUAUCAAAUACUUUAUAAACAAGCAGCUUUUUCAGUACACAGUUGAAGACAGUCAGAGCACACCAAAAUCAAACUCUCUCUCUAUCAUAUUUAAAGAUCACUAUACUCAAGAGGUCCCCGUUGUUAAUAAGAAAACAACGGAAUGUUUUAUUACCCUUAUUUUUCUAUCCCAUGGUCUUUUGAAAUAAUAUAGAAUAACAAAUACCACCCCUCCCUCCACGCCCGCGUUUCUCUCCAAGUGUGCGUUCUGUGAAAGAAGCGCUUCGUGGGUUGUGAAACCGUUCCACUAAUAUAUGAUGCAGCGAUACGACGGCUACAGCUAUGACAGCAAGUAGAACCCAACAGGGUUGCCAUAGGUUUCUGGAUACAUGACAGCCUUCUCCCUCACGUCAACACCAUGGAUACGUCUUAUUUUUCUACAUUGUCGGAAUAUGAUGUUUUCAUUUCGGAGUGAUUUAUCUCUUCAGUUUCAGUUGGAUUGCGAGUCUCUCUUUUGUACGUAGCAGAGGUAAACAAAUACCAUGAAUCACUCCCAGCCACAACACUGUUUUAUACUCCUAGUGUGAAACAUACAAAUCCACUCUUCAUGGUGACGCAGCAGACUGACACUACUGUUAUACUUGGAUCAUUCAUAGGCCACCACAGAUGAGGGACGACAGCACACAGCCCUAACCCUUGUUUUAGACUCACCAACAGAGAGAGUCUGAGCCAGUUAGUGCUCGAGAUCCCAAGGUUGGUUUUAUUAACAAAAAAAAAACCCAACAAGAAAAAGUGUGUUCAGAACUUGGAACUUUUCAUCUGUGACCACACAGCUUUUAGUUACUGUGCUGCACAAUCAAAAAGCGUUAGGGCCGUUAUUGUUUUCGCUCAGCUUUUCAAUCUUUUCUCCAGGGCGCUGGAUUCCAAAUUAAACUAUGGUUGAGAGUGCUGACUUCAAACUUUCUUUUUAGUUUUUUUUUUUUUUUACUUUCUCUAAGUUUUAACUGGAGCUGUUUAUAUACAUUGUAGAACAUGUUUUUUCAGUUAGCCAGGUCUGUGGUCUUCAAUGACAAGAGUCCGACCCAGUCCAAGUCAGGCUAGCUACUGUUUGUUUAUGAUGUAAACUAGCAUGAAAUAAUAAUAAUAAAAAGAGUAAUAUAAGAGACGAGAAAUAUUUAAAGACAAGUCAAAACGGCACAAAAAUGUACUAUUCACACAGGUCUGUGCAGCUAAAGAUAAAACAUAUAUUUUACAACUACACAUUCAAUUGGUUUGUCCCUCUAAAUUGUUAAAAUAUAUAAGGCCAGUCAUUAAAAUACUUUUAUUUUCUGAUCCUGUCACUAUACAAAGCUGUUGGCAAUUUUGAUUGGCAGAUUAACAGCCAAGAAAGUUAUAAUUAUACUCAUGAUAGUUAACCAAAACAAUAAUUAAAUAAAAUAUAUAAUCACUGUGGAAACACGGUUGCCCUAUGGAAAUGAGGAAACAGAAGUUGCCCAACUCGACACUCGACAAUGUUUUUAAAAUCACUGUGUUAGACAUGCA